CUGACGCCUCAGAUUAACUCACGCAAAGUGUUGGCUGUUUAUGACCAUGAAGACUUUCGAAUGGAAAUGACUGUGGCUUUACCAGAGGAUUAUCCCUUAAGUCUGCCUGAGGUUUUAAUUAACAGGCAGCUUGGUGCAUCCAAGGAAAAGUGGCGCCAAUGGAUGAAGAAUUUGGUCGUGUUCAUUACGCACCAGAACGGUAGUGUCUUGGACGCGAUACUGAUGUGGAAGCUGUCCUUCGAGAAACACAUACAGGGUGUUGAAGCAUGCUCGAUCUGCAUGAUGACCAUUCACGGCUCGAACUACCGACUGCCUUCCGUUGGAUGCAAGCGGUGUCGGAAAAAAUUUCAUGGCGAAUGCUUGCGAAAAUGGUUCAGUACUAGCAACAAAACAGAAUGUCCUUUAUGUCGGCAUACGUUUUGA